AUGGCAACCAUAACCAGAGAUGAUCAAUCCGAUUACGAUAGUAGCUGUUCCUCCAUCACCGUCCCGGAUUCCAGCCGGAGCUGGAUGAGCAACGUCAGUUUCGGCAGUCGUCGGAGCUCUGUCUCCGGCGACCCUUCUCACAAACCACACAAAGCCAACCAAGCAGCAUGGGAGGCCAUGAAGCGACUAAGGGUGGAGAAGGGUGGUCGAGUUAGUUUGGAUCAUUUCAAGAUUCUGAAACGAGUUGGCUCCGGCGACAUAGGGAACGUGUAUCUGUGUCAGAUCCGGAAUCCGGUGGUGGGUUUGCCCAACAGUUUUUAUGCGAUGAAGGUGGUGGAUAGGGAGGCUUUGGCGAUACGAAAGAAGUUGCAGAGGGCGGAAAUGGAGAAGGAGAUAUUGGGAGGUUUGGAUCAUCCAUUUUUGCCGACGCUUUAUGCUGAGUUCGAUGCUUCUCAUUACUCGUGUUUGGUGAUGGAGUUUUGUCCCGGCGGCGACUUGCAUGCAGCCCGGCAACGGCAGCCGGCCAAGUGCUUCAGUAUUUCGUCUGCUAAGUUUUAUGGUGCAGAAAUACUAUUAGCGCUAGAAUAUCUUCACAUGAUGGGCAUAGUUUAUCGAGAUCUAAAGCCCGAAAACGUUCUUGUUAGAGAAGAUGGCCACAUAAUGCUUUCAGAUUUUGAUCUCUCACUUAAAUGCGACGUUGUCCCAAAACUCGUUCGCUCCAAACCUGAACCAUCUAGAGCAAUUGACCACGACGAUGACGACCACGACUUAAAAUGUUCGACACCUUCAUGCGUCAUCCCAAUGCAACCUGUCCUCUCUUGUUUCUCAUUGCGAAAAACCAAAACCACCCCUCCCACUACCACAAUCACUGAAAAGAUCGAGUUCCAAGAAUAUAACACUGAGUUAGUAGCUGAACCCCUGAAUGCACGAUCAAAGUCAUUUGUGGGAACCCAUGAGUACCUGGCCCCAGAAGUGAUCUCGGGUCAGGGUCAUGGGGGUGCAGUCGAUUGGUGGACCCUUGGGGUUUUCUUAUAUGAAUUAUUAUAUGGGAUUACACCCUUUAAGGGUGAGAACAACGAGAAGACACUCAUCAACAUAUUGAAGCAACCUUUAAGUUUUCCAAGAAUUGGUGUGAGUACAAGUAAAGAAUAUGAAGAAAUGGUGAAGGUACAAGACCUUAUUGCAAGAUUGCUUGUGAAGAACCCUAAGAAGAGACUUGGAAGUUUGAAGGGUUCAGUAGAGAUCAAAAGGCACGAAUUCUUCAAGGGUGUUAAUUGGGCUUUGAUUAGGUCAGUUAGGCCCCCAGAGGUCCCGAGUGAGAUGAUGAAGGUCAGGAAUAAUAGGGUAGUGGUGCCGAAGCUAAUGACCAAGAAACAAAGAGAGGCACCAUUUCAAAUCCCUACUCAUCAUUUUGACUACUUUUAGAAAGACAUAUGUAUAUAGGGAAACAACUAAUCUAGGGUAGUCCUGUUUUUUCGGUGUUGAUCUUCAAAUUCAGAACUAU